AUGCCUACAGUAUUAUCCAAAUUAAUUAAUUAUGUCACAAUACCUUCUCAUAUCGUUACUUCACCUGGUAUUAUGCAAAUCCGAAAGAUCAUAGAACAAAUAUGGACAAUAUAUCGUAAUAACAGAACGAUAUUGGGGCGACUUAUUUGGUUUUUUGCAGUGUAUUACUUUUAUUUCAGUAGAAAACGAAAGCCAAAAAGUUCUCAAGAUCAUCCCGCCGCUACUGCCGAAAGUUCCCAAGAUGCUUCCGCCGCUACUGCUGAAAGUUCUAAAUCUAAGAGCAAAAAAGUUGCAGUGGAUCAUGUUUUCUUUGAAAGAUUAAAAAAAUUGCUAAAGAUUGUGAUUCCGAGUAUAAAAUCAAAGGAAUUCUUGCUAUUAUUUGUUCAUUCUAGCUUUUUAGUACUGCGGACAAUUUUGUCGGUAUAUGUAGCUGCUUUAGAUGGAAGAAUCGUCAGUGCAUUAGAUUUUUUGACUGGAAUAGUGUGGUGGAUGACUAUUGCGAUUCCUGCAACAUAUACAAAUAGCAUGCUUACUUUCAUGCAAAAUAAAUUGGCAAUACAAUUUCGAACUCGUCUCACCAACCAUAUACACGAAGAAUACUUGACAGAUAUGACAUUUUAUACUGUAGGGAAUUUAGAUGAUCGAAUCAAGAAUGCUGAUCAAUGCAUCACUGUGGAUACAAUGAAAUUUUGUAAUUCACUUUCCGAACUCUAUUCAAAUCUUGCUAAACCAAUUCUAGAUGUCAUCAUUUACUGUCUACAAUUAGCAAGAAAUGUUGGUGGAGAGAGUUUGUUUGCUAUAUCUUUGGGAGAAUUUCGAUUUACACAUUUUCGAGUGAUUGAAAAUGCAGAAGAGAUUGCCCUUUAUUCAGGACAUGAAGUCGAAAAAUCUAUUUUAGAUAGAAAUUAUUUUGCUUUAAUCAAACAUAUUAAUAGGAUUUUUCGAAAACGUAUUUUCCAUGGAAUGAUGGAAGAUUUCAUUGUUAAAUAUUUUUGGGGUGCCAUGGGUUUAUUGCUUUGUUCUGUUCCUGUUUUCUUUAAUAUUCCAAAUAUUCAGGGAGGAAAAACUGAAAAUUUUGGCACACGCGCUCAAGAAUUUAUUACUAACCGUAAUCUGUUGGUGAGAGCUUCUGACGCAUUUGGAAGAAUCAUGUAUUCCUACAAAGAAAUUGCUGAAUUGGCUGGUUAUACUGCUAGGGUUUCAGAACUUUUGGAUGUUUUUGAAGCAGUUAAAGCAGGAAGAUUUGAAAAACAAUUGGUUUCAUCUGAUUCGACAAAAGAAAAUGCUAGAGUUUUAUCUAACCGUGGAGAAGUAAUAAAAGAUGACAAGAUUGAAUUUAUUGAUGUACCGAUAGUGUCACCAAAUGGAGAUGUUUUAGUGAAAAAAAUGAGCUUUUAUGUUAAACCUGGCAUGCAUUUAUUAAUUGUUGGUCCUAACGGUUGCGGGAAAAGUAGUUUGUUUAGAAUCUUGGGAGGAUUGUGGCCAGUUUAUGGUGGAACUGUUCAUAGACCAGAUCCAAAAGAAAUUUUUUAUAUUCCUCAACGUCCUUACUUGUCACUUGGCACUUUACGUGAUCAAAUUAUUUAUCCACAUACGGUUGAAGACAUGAAAAAUCGAAAUGUUACCGAUCAAAAUUUACAAGAAAUCUUGAAUGUUGUUCAAUUAUAUAAUCUUGUUGAACGUGAAGGUGGAUGGGAUCAAGAACGAGAAUGGAAAGAUGUUCUAGCAGGUGGCGAUAAGCAAAAGUAUGAUGGUCAAGGAGGAUAUGUAUUUACAAAACUAGAUGCACAGAGAAGAUUAGAAUUACAAGAAGAAAAGCAAAAUUUAGAACAAAAAUUAAUUGAAGUACCAAAAUUACAAUCGAGAUUAAAGGCAUUAAAGGAAAUGCUGGCAGAAAGAGAUAAUUUGGAAAAAUAA